GUUGCACGUCACGUGCGCACGUGAGAGAAACAAUAUAUCUAAUUGCAAUCAAAUCUUGAUUUAUUAGGUUAAUGAUUGUUAGGCCGGUGAGAUGCGUUUUUAAGACUUUACAUAUUUUAGGUGCCGUAGUCUUAGAUAUUCGGUAACGAUGUAUUAUUCAAUUAUUUUAUGUUUAAUUGUCAGUUUCAUAUUUGUUUUAUUGUUAAAAAAGAAUCCAAAGAGGUCUAUCAAGGGUAAACAUGUUGUUAUUACUGGAGGGUCUAGCGGGAUCGGCAAAGCUAUGGCAAUUCUGGCUGCCCAACAAGGUGCUCAUGUGUCUCUUCUUGCUAGGAAUUUGGAAAAACUUGAAGAAGCUCGGACAGAAGUUAAAAAGCAUAUCAUUAGUGAGGAACAAAUAAUAUCACGUGUUUCCGUGGAUGUUUCUCAUCGCGAAGCGGUGGAGAAUAAUAUACUGGAAUUAGAGACAACAGUAGGACCUAUAUACAUGUUAGUGAACUGUGCUGGUUUUGCAGUAUGCGGGAAAUUGGAAGAUAUUUCUGACAGUAACAUAAAGCGACUUAUAGAUGUUAACUAUCUUGGCACAUUAUACCCUACUAAGGCGGUUCUGCCUAGAUUCAAAGAAAGGCACGAAGGAAUUAUUGUACUAACAUCUUCUCAAGUAGGGUUGAUGGGAAUGUUUGGCUAUUCUGUUUACUCAAGUUGCAAGUUUGCCCUUAGAGGAUUAGCAGAGUCUCUAAAUAUGGAAGUUAAGCCAUUUAAUAUUUCAAUAACAUUGGCUCUUCCUCCAGAUACUGAUACCCCAGGAUUUGACAAUGAAAAUCAAACCAAACCAGUGGAAACUAAGCUCAUUUCAGAAGUGGCUGGACUCUACCAACCAGAAACUGUGGCAAAGAAAAUUAUGGAAAAUGCUCUGGAGGGUCAAUUCUUCAGCUAUUUAGGGUUUGAGAGCUUUCUUUUGACCACCCUGUGUGUUGGAAUGAGUCCUUACAAAUCUAUCUUAGGAGUACUUCUACAGGCUGUGAUUUUAGGCCCAUUUAGACUGAUUGCUGCUUUUUACUUAAAAUAUUUUGAUUGUAUAAUAUUGAAAGUUUCAAAAAAUAACCAAUAACUGUUGAAAAGAUUUCUAAUCAUGCGCGUUUGUUAUGUGCUGUUGAUUGGGAGUAUCUUGUCAGACAAUAAAGUGUAAUUUUUUAUUCUAUUGAAAUAUCAACUGUGUUAACAAAAAUUAUGUUCUAACAAGGUGUAAUAUUAUUUAUCAUUCUCUAAAUGAAUUGUAAAUGUGAGUUAUAAUAUAAAAUUUAACAUAUAGC